AGGUUCGCAGGUGUUGGUCUUGAUGCUGUCCAAGGAUUUCGAGCACCUUUCCUGGCCGUUGCAGAAAACCUAUACAAAACGCUUUACCUAAACAACUUCACUUAUGACCUGUCAUGGACGACUGGCAAGUACUACAAACCACCCAUGUACCCAUAUACACUGGACUACAAGUCUAUACAGGACUGCAAUAUAGGACAGUGCCCCGUCAAUUCCUAUCCAGGACUAUGGGUUGUUCCUAACAUAGAUAUCAUGAAUGCUGACGGAACGGUGUGUAAUUCAAUGAUGGAUGGCUGUGCACCAACAGCAAAUGGUAGCCAAUGGUACGAUAUUCUUGUAAGGAAUUUUGACUACCACUACGACACCAACAGGGCUCCGUUCGGCAUGCACGCUCACUCCGCCUGGUUCUCGCAAGCCACAGGACACAUGGACGCCAUGAAGAAGUUCUUACACUAUGCUAGCAGCAAGGAUGGUGUUUGGAUCUUAACGGUAUCUCAAGUUAUUCAAUGGAUGAAAGCACCCAAGAACAUACAAGAUGCCAAGAAGUUUGCACCCUGGGGAUGUCCAACUCGCCCUGCGCCACGCUGCAGCCAGCCCAACGACUGUCACUACACCGAGCCACAAGAUUUCUACAUGAAAACUUGCACGGAGUGCCCACCACACUUUCCUUCCCCGACUGACCCAGACGGAAAUUAAAGAAGGCUCACUGAUUCUUUGAGCAAGUAUUUUCUAACUCAAACACUUUUUAUUAGCGUUUGGUAAGCCUAAGACCACCCAGUCAAAUUUUCAUACAAAUUAGCCAAACACGAUUGCGUAUUUAAACAAUAGAAUCUGCACUAAUUUUCACAUUAUCCCCGUUAAAAGCAUAUAUUUUGCGUUAUACGUGUCUGUAUGAUCAGAAGUGAACACGAAACAGUUAAGAGUAAAUUCCAGAAUAGUCCCCUUCACAGUUCCCUGCGCCAUCUUGAAAGGUAACCGUGCCUUUGCAUCGAAGCGAGACGAACGGUGAGCUUGCAAUGAUAGAGACCUUUUUUUAACACCUUGGACAAUUAUUCA